AGAGCGCGAGAGCCAAUCAGGGGCGAGACCGUUUCUGCGUCAGUGACGUGCCGUCAGUGCGUGCGCAGAGCUCGCGUGCCCUUGGCGUUCGUUGAACUACAGAAUCAGUUUAGUAAAGGAUGGGUUUCCUGCUCUCCAAAUCCAUGCAGCAGAGCUUCCAGAAGCAGCAGGAGUUCAUGCUCCUCAACACACGGCUGCAGUUGGAGCGUCAGCUGCUGAUGCAGAAUCAGAUGCUUGAGCGUCAGAUGGCGAUGCAGGUCGCCUGGUCCAGAGAGUUUCUCAAGUACUUCGGUUCCUUCUUCGGUUUGGCUACGCUGGGUCUCACCAUCGGAGCCGUCAGAAAGAGGAAAGCGGCUCUGCUGGCUCCUGUGGUUCCUCUGAGCUUCGUCCUGGCGUAUCAGGUGGAUGCAGCCUACGGAUCGCUGAUGCACCGCAUGAGGGAGGAGGCCGAGAGCAUCAUGGUGUCUGAGAGCGAGCGUCUGGCUCUUCCUCAGGGGAUGCCCACGUUUGAGAGCAUCGAGAAAUCUCGCCGAGCCAAAGCGCAUCUGACGUCUCUGCUGGAGAGAUGAGAAUCCUGACGUCACCUCAGAUCGACUCCAGCAAUGUUUCCUCAAUUAACUGAAGCUGGAAGCUCCUCUGAGAAGCUCUCAAAUGAGCGAUCUCAGUCCUCUAACACAAAGCCAAUAUUUCACCCAAAAUUGCUGUCGGUGUCAUUGAUCAUCAUGUGAUGAGUCGAUUCUCAGGUGUCUGCCUAAUUAUUAAUUGUUGAACGUUUUUCCAUCUUGCUUUGGAAGAAACGUUGCAUGUUGAGAUUAAAUAUGAUUAAAAGAUGUCGUGUGUAUUUUCAUCUUGAUUCAUUAUUAUAAUGGAGAAUCCAACAGUGUUCAGUUUUUAUUGUGAUCAUGAUCUUUCUGUUCAACAAUAAAUCUUUAAAGCGGACUUUAAUGUUUUUCUUCCCGAACGUGUCGAGGAUUCUCUCCGAGUUAGUGUGUGUGUGUGUGUGUGUGUGUGUG